GUAAAAUACCUCUGAGAAAGGGUUCAACUACAAUUAUGAAGCAUACAGAGCGAUCGCUUUGGACAAUAAACAUCAUAUGUUGGAAAUAACGACAGGUGAACUGGGCCACGAAGCAUAUAUCAGCUUUGAUUAUGCGAGAUAUACGACUGAAAUUCCCGAUGACCCUAACAGUACCACCGCGGCCGAGUCGAAGAAGAAGACCAGCGCUAGCGUUGGAGUUAUUGUUGGGGCCGUUGUUGGUGGAGUCGGCCUUCUUUGCAUUGAGGUCUUCACCUCGCUCCUUAUCCUUCGAAGAAAGACGCGCUCUCCGUCUCGGCCUCACGACACAAUACCAGAGCCUUAUCCACUCAACCAGCCACCGGAAAUGAAUCAAAUUGAGGAGAUGAGGAAGCCGUUGCGAACCCGAAAGCGUGACAACGUUAAUGUUGGUGGAUUCGGUGAGCAGAUGGGGCAGAUGCAAGCACAACUUAAUUCCCUUCAAACUCAGAGCCGGGUUCAGCCGUCGGAGCCUCCACCAAGCUACAAUAUAUUUACUAGCUAUGAGGAUCCGUCGCUGUCGGAAUACGCUAAUGAUAUACAUCAACAACCUAGGAUAGGUAGAUAG